AUGAUAUUGGCUUUGGGCUGUGAUGGUUGUCGACUGGUGCUAGGCUGGUUAUUAGCCGGCGUAUUGCGUUGCACUGAUGUGUUGUUGAAUGAGCUCGACAUUGCUUGUGCGAUUUUAUGUUGCGACUCUAAAAAGUCCCAAAGGCAAUCAAUGUUCCUCCUGUGCAUCCUCUUCGUGGCCGCAGUCAGCUGUCAGCAGAAAGAAUCGCUGGACGACAUCGAAACAAAAAACUCAGUCGAAGAGAAGAAAGAAGCGGAGCCCGCCCUUGAAAAGAAACAGGACAAACGUCACAUCUACGCCUAUGGAUAUCCAGGAGUUUAUGCUCUACAUACAGCACCAACAUACCACUACCCUACAGCCGUUCUGAGUCCUGCGGUUGUACAUGUUCCUGCCAAGUACCCGGUUCCUGUUGCUCCUGCACAUGUUCCAGCCCCUGCACAUGUGCCAUUGGCUCCAGCACCUCAUGUUCCUGUAGCCCCUGCACCUCAUGUGCCAUUGGCUCCAGCACCUCAUGUUCCUGUGGCUCCUGCCCCACAUGUGCCAUUGGCUCCAGCACCUCAUAUUCCUGUAGCUCCUGCACAUGUUCCUGCUGUCCCUCAUUCCCCACAUGGUGUCCCCGGCUACCGUACCCACAUCCACACCACCAUCACUAAAGAAGUUCCUGUACACAUACCUGCACCCUACCCGGUCACCGUUGAGAAACACAUACCCGUUCCAGUUCCUGCACCGUACCCUGUUCACGUUCCCAAGCCCUACCCAGUUCCUGUUCCACAACCGUACCCAGUUCCUGUCGAGAAACACAUUCCUGUGCCAGUCGACAGACCUGUUCCGGUUCCUGUUCCAGUGGACCGACCUGUUCCAGCUCCUGUACAUGUUGCAAAGCCGGUAGCUGUUCCAGUUCCUGUUCACCACAAGCCUGUUCCUGUAGCGGUGCACUAUGCCAGGCCUCAUUAUGCACACUUCUCUCACCCCGCCCCUGCCCCAGUCCCGGAGCAUCCUUGGUAGUGGCAAAAGAUAUGCAGCUGAUGAUACUGUAUCAUUGUUUGGAGGUUAAUCGCCCUGUUACGUCUCCUUGUACCUGUGUUGCCUUUGACACCAUCAACAUUUUUGUAUAUUGAUAUGUAUUUUUACUCAACUGACUUUGUAUAAAUAAAUUUGUAUAGAACUCAA